AGAGGCAGAUUACAUCAUUGCACAAGAAUUAGAGACAAAUCCAAAGGCUGUGGCUGUCCUGAGCAAUGAUACAGAUUUCUUAGUGUUUCGGAAGGGGGCGAUGAUUUCGAAUGAGAUGUUUGACGUACAUGGUGACCUUCAACUUGGUAGGCCGAUGGCUCUGCCAGAAAAACCUCUCAGACUUGUAUGUCAUGUUUUAAAGGCAGAAAAGGUUGCACGGAGCCUUGGGUUGACAGAACAUGCUCAGAUUGUGGAACUGAGCAUCGUUGCGGGCAAUGACUACACCGGACCAUUCAUGCAGAUACUAUUUCACUCGCUUGGUAUCGAAGGUCGUCGAAGUAUUCAGAAGCUGGCCUCACUGGUGAGGAAGUACAAUAAUGUGGAGAACCAUCCUGCAAUCCUCCGCCAUAUGCGAAGAGAUCAUCAGUUCGCAGCUGCCAUAACUCACACCCGCAACUUCUAUAUGCUGACUUGCCCCGCGGAAAACCACAGUACACAGGGCUUCAUCUACAACCUGCUGUGUGAAGGCAUAGAACAUGGGUCCUUCUCCCCACAUGUCCUUGGUUUCCAUAAUGGCUUGUACUGGCGCCGCAUCUUUGUGGAAGAGGUGGCUCACGGACAUCCAUCCUCUGAAAUGGCUUUAAUUGGCCUGAGGAUGUACAUCUAUCGGAUUGUUCUACCAACCAACAGACAUCAGGUUACAGAACAUGGUCGAUCAGACCACAGGAACUACGAAUACACGAGGAUCAAUGCAACAGAAAACAGGAUGAUUCCUUCAAUCAACAACAUAAAACCACAGGAAAUAUUCAAAAAUCUGAGGCUCUUUGAUCACAUUAUGUCCCAUCAGGAACCCCAGGCCUUCCCAAAGACCUGGUUUGAUCGAUAUGGAAGAAAAAAUGGUUUCAUAUGUUACGUCCUACGUUAUUUCCUUCUCCAAAACUGGGACUACAACCUGCGCAUAUCCGAAAAAGAGUUCCUGGCUUUGGUUGCCAUAGCAUUCGGCAAGACAAAUGAAACAUGGUACCAAGGACUCGGUCUGAGGCCUACUCCAAGAUGUGUUACUGUUGGCAACUGGUUCCAGGUAAUGUAUACAGUGUUGUAUUGUUGUACAGGGAAUUAUGUGUAUCCUCAUGACCUUGACGUAUUUGUCAUGUUUGUGUCGCCACCUGUUCUGGCUAAUCAGCCAUUCAGCUUGUAAGAUCAUUUUGUGACAAAGUAUUUUAAAAAAUGAAAACACAAUAUGUUACUCUCAAAAACUAAAAUGCAAUAAAGACUAGUGGAUUCCCCACCAACUAAAAUAUGAGUUAGUCUUGCAGAACUGAGCAGAGGGUUUGAGAAUGAGAGUUACCUCCCCUUGAUGUAUGUACAGUCGAG